AUGAAGUCCUUCGCCAUCACAGCCCUUUUCACUCUCCUCGCCUUUGCAUCAGCCGCGCCGGUUCCCUAUGACAGAAGAGAAGCCGUUCCGAGCGACACGGAGCCCGCCAUGACCGACGGCGCGGGCAACGUCGUGGCAUUCGUGAACGCCAACAACCCACAAUGA